ACGAAGAAAUCUUUUUACCAAAAGAAUAAUGUAGUAUCAAGAGGAUACCUUGUGAUUAUUAGGAUUAAAUUAAUAUAAAAGAUACCUUAAAAUCCUUUAAAAACGAAAUUCUUAAAUUAUUUUAAGCGCAGUGGCAUUGACGAGAUUCGAUCAGCAAAUUCACCACUCACCACCCUAUAUUACUUUCCUAAACUAACUAAGCUAGAUAACAUAGACUCAAGUAGUCAAGUAGCUUUUCUACCACUCAACAAUCAACAUCCCAUUGGCCAUUACUCUCUGGGUCUUUACUCAGUCCUCCCUUUUCCACUUGCUAUAUUCUUAUUCUGAUUUGAAACCCAAUAAAAAACCAAACUCUGUAAGAAAUUCGAACCCAGCAUGCAAUUGAACGAAGCCAAAUCGAAUGCAAACCCAACAUGCAAUUGAUUUGAACAAGGUAAAUUGAUAUCCAGCAAACCCUGUGUAAAAUUGAUUGGAAAAUCUGAAAUUUGUGUGAAAUUGUUCUCAGCAACUUUCUGAAGCAUAUUGUAUUGGAAUUAUUUGAACCACUUACGUGGAAAUUGGAAGCAAAUUUCGAGCACAAGUUAAAAUCGAAAUUCGAAGGUAAUUCUGAAACAGUUUGAGUAUUGUAUUGGAGAAAGGAAGUAAAGAAUGGAAGGAGAAUUGGAAUCAAGUGAUAAUACUCCACUGAUUCAAAGAGAGGAAAGAGGCAUGGAAGAUGAAGUGAGAGAAACAUUCAUCAGUAAAGCCGAGGUACUCGAUGAAGCAAAGAGGCAGAUAUGCUUGGCAGGACCACUAAUUGCUGUAACCAUUUUACAGUACUUAGUGCAAGUUAUUUCAGUUAUGUUUGUUGGUCAUCUCGGCGAGCUACCUCUCUCGAGUGCCUCUCUUGCUACUUCUUUUGCUUCCGUCACCGGAUUUUAUGUCUUGCUGGGCUUGAGUAGUGCGCUGGAGACACUAUGUGGAGGAUCCUAUGGAGCUCAAAAGUAUUCCAUGCUCGGGCUUUAUACGCAGAGAGCCAUGAUAAUACUUCUAGUGUCAAGCAUUCCUCUGUCACUUAUUUGGUAUUACACUACGGAUAUUCUCAUCUUCUGUCGGCAAGACCAUGAGAUAGCAAAGGGUGCAGGAAUUUUCAAUCAAUGGAUGAUCCCGAGCCUUUUUGGCUAUGGCCUACUUCAAUGCCUCACUAGAUUUUUCCAAACUCAAAAUAUUGUGCUCCCGAUGAUGAUGACAUCUGGUGUCACGGCUAUUCUACAUGUUCUAGUGUGUUGGGUUCUUAUCUUUAAAUUUGAACUUGGAAUAAUAGGUGCUGCUUUGGCAAACAACAUAGCGUAUUGGAUUAAUUUUUUCCUGUUGGCAUUUUAUGUUAAGUUUUCUCCUGCUUGGAUGAAAACUUGGACUGGUUUCUCGCGAGAAGCAUUUCAUGACCUGUGGAAUUUUCUUAAGCUUGCUGUUCCUUCUGCGUUUAUGAUUUGCCUUGAGUACUGGUCAUUCGAAAUGGUUGUUCUUCUAGCAGGUCUUCUGGCAAAGCCAAAACUCGAGACAUCCGUGCUAUCAAUAAGUCUUAAUACAUGCUGGAUGGUUUAUAUGGUGUCAGUUGGACUUGGUAGUGCUCUCAGCACAAGAGUGUCAAAUGAAUUGGGAGCUGGCCGUCCUAGAGCAGCUCGCUUAGCCCUCUUUGUCAUGGUUAUCAUGUCAAUUGUAGAAGGCUUGGUAGUGGCAACGGCAACUAUUUUAGUACGGUUCCUUUGGGGAAGAUUGUAUAGCAAUGACGAGGAAGUAGUCAGAUAUGUGGCUAAGAUGAUGUUUCUGCUUGCACUUUCUGAUUUCUUAGAUGGAUUUCAGUGUGUACUUUCAGGAGCUGCGAGAGGCUGUGGAUGGCAAAACAUGUGUUCAAUCAUAAAUCUUGGAGCUUAUUAUUUUGUGGCACUUCCUUGCGCUGUACUCUUUGCUUUCGUAUUACAUAUGGGAGGCGCGGGACUUUGGAUGGGAAUCAUAUGUGGGCUGCUUGUCCAAGUUAUAGUGCUUGUCACUGUAAAUCUAUUUACAGAUUGGGAUAAAGAAGUAAGAAAUAUUUUUGCCUCUUUUUGCUAGAUAUAAACUCUAGCUUUGCUGAUUUCGUUGUCACUUGCAGGGAAGUAGGGCGUUGGCUAGAGUUUAGAGUCUCUGAUUCAUGGAAGCUUGAAGAUAAUGGUUUCGUCACACACAAAGAUAGCAAGAUAAUAGUUCAUUUUCAUCUCAAUUGUUUUAGCUUUAUGCUACAUUUCAAACAUUCAUUGCAACUUGAAGAUUAGCUUAAGCAAGCUUAGAGAUAGAGUAACAUCAACAUGAUACACGGAGACAUGGAGUAAUUUUUGUGUAGUUCUCAACUAUUUGGUUUAUAUGAUGAAAUAUAUUUUAGAAUCAAA